GCUGUGGCUGCUCCCCCACAUUUAUCUUUAGUAGUGAUAGUAAUAAUAUAUAUUUUUAUUUAUUAUCCUUAAAAAUAAUAAAGCAGCAGCCUCUUAACAACUUUGUACUGUAUUCUUUUUCAUCUCCACUUGCUCUCUUCUUACUCAACCCCUUCACCCAAAAAAAUAAAGAAAAAAAAACUUUCUUCCUCCAACAUCACAAGUUUGAACUUCCAUUGUUCUUGUUUAUGUGUUGUUGAAUAAAUAUUUUUGUGGGUUUUGAAGUGGGAAGAGGGAGGAGGAAAAGAAAUAUGUUAAGGGGGGAGUGUUGGUGUUGGGACAAUCUCACUGAUUAUUACCCUGAAGUUGAACCACAGAAAUUUUCUUUGCCUUCACCCCUUCCUAAAUGGCCUCAAGGCAAAGGUUUUGGUACAGGAAGAAUAUGUUUAGGGGAAAUUGAAGUUGUUCAAAUCACCAAAUUUAAGAAAAUUUGGGAUUGCAGCCCAUCAUUUGGAAAAUCAGACUGUGUUUCCUUUUAUAAGCCAGAUGGAAUUCCAAAAGGAUAUUAUAUGCUUGGUCACUAUUGUCAGCCAGAUGGUGAGCACUUAACUGGCUAUGUUCUUGCUGCCAAAGACUUAUCUGCUGACCAAAAUUCAGCUCUAAAGCUUCCUGCUCUUCAAAAGCCUCUGAACUACACUUUAAUUUGGAGUUCGGACUCCCAAUACAAUGGAAGUGGUUAUAUUUGGAUGCCAAAUGCACCAGCUGGUUAUAAAUCUAUAGGAUUUUUGGCUUCCGUUGAGCCUAAUGAACCCGAUCCUGAUGAAGUUAGAUGUGUCCGAGCUGACCUGACAGAAAAAUGUGAGGCCUCUGAAAUGAUGUUUAGUUCAGAUUCCUUUUUCCCAAGGAACCAGUUUCAAGUUUGGAAAACUAGACCUUGCAAGAGGGGCAUGCUGUGUGCAGGGGUUUCUGUUGGGACAUUUUUCUGUAGUACAAGCUUCAGUUCUGGAGAUGAACUCGAUGUUGCAUGCUUGAAAAAUCUCGACUCUUCACUACAUGCAAUGCCCAAUUUCGAUCAGAUCCAUGCCCUCAUCAAGCACUAUGGACCAACAGUUUAUCUCCAUCCAGAUGAGAUUUAUUUGCCUUCCUCUGUUCCAUGGUUCUUCAUGAAUGGAGCUCUCCUUUACAAAGAUGGAAAGAAUAAUGGUACAUUCAUCAACUCAAAAGGCUCAAACUUGCCUGCGGGAGGAGUAAACGAUGGUAAAUAUUGGCUCGAUUUGCCAAAUAACGAUGAUGCAAAUAGAACCAAUGUCAAAUGUGGAAAUAUUGAGAGUGCAGAGCUCUAUGUUCAUGUUAAACCAGCUUUAGGGGGAACGUCCACAGAUAUUGCGAUGUGGAUAUUCUGUCCUUUCAAUGGACCGGCUACCGUCAAGAUUGGACUGUUGAGUUUUGCUUUGAAUAAAGUAGGAGAGCAUGUUGGUGAUUGGGAGCACUAUACACUCCGUGUCAGCAACUUUUCUGGUGAACUCUGGAGCGUGUAUUUCUCGGAGCAUAGUGGUGGGGAAUGGGUGAAUGGCUGCGAUUUGGAGUUCAUCGAGGGUAACAAGUCAAUUGUAUAUGCAUCAAGAAAUGGCCACGCAAGUUUCCCGCAUCCUGGCUGCUACCUUCAAGGCUCUACCAAACUCGGGGUUGGAGUGAGAAACGAUUGUGCCCGUAGCAAGUACUAUGUGGACUCUAGCACCAAAUAUCAACUUGUAGCUGCCGAGUACCUUGGAGAGGGAGUUGUUGCAGAACCACCAUGGUUGCAGUAUAUGAGGGAAUGGGGUCCAACCAUGAUGUACGACGGGCGAUCAGAAAUGGAAAGAAUAAUCAAACAUCUUCCUUUUUUCAUGAGAUUUUCAGUAGAGAGUCUCAUUGAGCUAUUUCCAACUGAACUUUAUGGUGAAGCAGGGCCAACAGGACCAAAGGAAAAGGACAAUUGGUUGGGGGAUGAAAGAUGGUAGGUGGUUUGGCAGUGUGCUUUGGUAUCUCUAGCACAGUUGCACAUGGUCCAAAAUGCACUGAACACCCUUAUGAAUUUAGUCUUAUCCUCACCAUUUCUUGCAUAUAUUAAAUGUGAGAAACCUGCUAAGUAGUUACACUGCAAUAGGGGGUUUAAAUGAAAAAACCUCUUUGGCAGCUCUGACGAAAAGUAUUGUUCGUACUGAAUGACUAUCCUAUUCUAUGUAAAUUGUAACAUAAAUUUCCAUGACUAAAGUCGUUUUUGCA